ACAGGGGAGGGAGAUGACAAAUAUCUUAUAGCUACGUCUGAACAGCCAUUAUGUUCAUAUCAUCUAGAGGAACGUAUCUACCCCACAAGCUUACCUUUAAGAUAUGCUGGAUUUUCGACGUGUUUCCGAAAGGAGGCUGGAUCUCAUGGGCGCGACACAUUAGGCAUUUUCAGAGUUCAUCAGUUUGAAAAAGUGGAGCAGUUUUGUAUCACAAGCCCAAAUGACAAUGAGUCUUGGCUGAUGCAUGAAGAAAUGCUCAAAAACUCGGAGGAAUUCUAUCAGGAGCUUAAGAUCCCCUACCAGAUUGUUUCCAUUGUAUCUGGAGCUUUGAAUGAUGCGGCUGCCAAGAAAUAUGAUCUUGAAGGUUGGUUUCCUGCAUCAAAAGUGUACAGAGAGCUUGUAUCUUGUUCAAAUUGCACUGAUUAUCAGGCCAGGAGAUUAGGAAUUGGAUACGGACAGAAGAAGAAUGAUGAACAGUCCAAGCAAUUUGUCCACAUGCUGAACUCAACACUUACAGCAACAGGAAGAACCAUCUGUUGUAUACUUGAAAACCAUCAAACAGAGGACGGCGUGGCCGUCCCUGAAGCCCUGCGGCCUUACAUGUGCGGCAUUGAAUUUCUGCCUUUCAAGAACUGAAGCAAGCAAGGUUAGAGAACCAAUUUCCCUUUUACUCCUUCUGAUUUAA